CAGUCUGACGCGCGUUCAACUUGGGAAAGGUCGUAACUCGUUCGAUAACAUUAAUUUCCACUGAAAGCCACCGGAAUCCAUCAAAAACCAGCUUCAAAAAUACCUACCGUUGUCUUAUAAAUCCUGUGGCAUUGUAUCCAAAACAGCGAGAAUGUGAAGAGUGAAUCCAAUCACCAAAGAAUCACGGAAGGUGUUCGAAAAGGAGCGAGAAAUGACAGUAACGGUACGGGAGCCAGACAAAGAUGAGGAAUGAGGUGUUGGCGGUUGCCGCUGUUGAUCCUCUUCCUGCAUCCCAUUGUCGUGCACCCCCUCUCCUUCACCACCACACCACCCUCUGACGAGUUCACGUUCGAGCGACACCUGUCGCAGUGUGCGUGCGACUUUGCGUCGAGUGCCGCGAGGCAACAGGAAGUGUCGCCGGGUGACUCAUUCGAACGCGACAAGCAGUCGUCGGAGCGCAUCUACCGCGGCAAGCGUGUAGACGCCGGUCGCGUCACCAUCCUCGGCCUCUUUGAGUUGACCGACGCGUCGGGACGCCGACCUGAGGGGCGCAGCGAGUUGCAGGCUGCCAACCUGGCUGUGCAGCAUGUCAACCAGCGUCGCGUGCUCGGCAACCUCACUCUUGGAAUCAUCACCAAUGACACCAAGUGCGAUCCAGGAAUUGGAGUGGACCGCUACUUCCAUGCGUUGUACACAAGACCCUGGAAAAGGAUGCCGAUUCUGCUGGGUUCAGCAUGCUCAGAGGUGACAGAGAGUUUGGCGAAAGUUGUUCCUUACUGGAAUAUGGUGCAGGUGUCUUUUGGUUCGAUGUCACCAGCAUUGAGCGACCGCGAAGAAUACCCCCUGUUCUUCAGGACAGCAGCUCCUGACUCCAGCCACAACCCGGCACGCAUCGCCUUUGUCAGACGCUUCGGCUGGCACACUCUCACUGCGCUCAGCCAGAACGAGGACGAAUACUCACUGGCUAUCAACGACCUUGUGACAGAGCUGGAGAGGGCCAACAUCACCUGUCAAGCCACAAUAACGUUUUCUGAGUCCGAUUACAUGGAUCAACUCAAAUUGCUGAAGGAUUUGGAUACUAGGAUAAUCAUUGGCAGUUUUUCUUCCAAAGUUGCUCCAAAAAUAUUCUGUGAGGCUUACCACCUUGGCAUGUACGGCGCUGAUUACGUGUGGAUCAUCCAGGGCCAGGGAGGAGGCCUUGAUGAGAGCGAGCCCUGGUGGAAGAGCGACGCCUCGCAUCGCAGGGCGUCUUCGUCUUGCAGCCACAAUCAGCUGCUUGACGCAGUUGAGGGCCUCAUAUUGGUGUCGAGCCACUACACUGCGGUCGAUGGUAAUCCCACCAUCUCUGGAAUGAGUAAUGAUGAGUUUUUGAAAUCAUUGUCUCGUCCACUCAGUCAAUUUGCUCAUCAAACGUAUGAUGCUGUGUGGGCCAUCGCUCUGGCACUGAGAGGUGCAGGACAUCAUCUCGCUAGCUAUGAUUACUCCAGGGCAGAUAUGGCUCGGUGCUUUGCCUGUAGACUUGAAAGGCUUCAAUUCCUUGGAGCUUCAGGUCCAGUCAAAUUUGACGGUGCGGAUCGUAUUGGAAUCACAGCCUUCUAUCAAGUUCAAGGUGGCAAGGCGAGAACUCUAGCAUUGUACGAUUCGUCCACAGACCACUUGAACUUCGAGUGUCCGACUUGCGUGGCGGUGAAGUGGCCGAGCGGUCAAGUGCCCAUUGCUCAGCGCGUUUUUAAACUGCGCAUUGUCACAAUCCACCAUGCUGCGUUCUUCAUCAUAUCAUGUCUGGCUUCGGUCGGAAUCACAUUGGCCAUUGUCUUCCUUGCUUUUAAUCUCCAUUUUCGGAGGCUCAAGUAUAUCAAACUAUCUAGUCCAAAACUGAACAACAUGGCCGUGGUUGGAUGUAUAUUGGUUUAUGCGGCCGUAAUACUGUUAGGUCUUGACCACGCUACACUUCCUUCCAAAUCGGCUUUCCCAACAGUUUGCACGGCAAGAGUUUAUCUCCUCUCGGCCGGAUUCUCUCUUGCGUUUGGUUCAAUGUUCACAAAAACAUACCGAGUGCAUCGUAUUUUCACAAGAAGUUCAAGUGGAGUUGUCAAGAAUAAGCUGUUACAGGACACACAAUUGAUAUCACUGAUAUGUGUUUUACUUUUAAUUGACGGCCUAGUGGUGACACUAUGGGUUGUAUUCGAUCCCAUGGAGAGGCACCUUAGAAAUUUAUCGCUGGAAAUUAGUGCGACAGACCGCAGUGUUGUUUACCAGCCCCAGGUUGAGGUUUGUGGUUCGCAGUUUACUCACACUUGGUUGGGUGCGCUGUAUGCUUACAAAGGAUUAUUGUUGAUUGUAGGUGUGUACAUGGCUUGGGAAACAAGACAUGUGAAAAUUCCGGCGCUAAAUGACUCGCAGUACAUUGGCAUGAGUGUGUACAGUGUGGUGAUAACAAGCGCCCUGGUCGUGAUGUUGGCCAAUAUAAUUUCGGAGCGCGCCACCCUUGCAUUUCUCACCAUCACAGCUCUGAUUCUGAUCUCGACCACUUCAUCACUGUGUCUGCUGUUUGUGCCAAAGAUCUACUACACUGUGUUCUCACGCACCGACAUGCUCACUGCAGACCCUGUCAUGCAGAGUAUGGGCCUCAAAAUUGAAUUCAACACCAGGCGGUUCAUGAUUGAUGACCGGAGAGAAGUGUAUUAUAGAGUAGAAGUACAAAAUAGAGUGUACAGGAGAGAGGUAAUGUCGCUUGAAACUGAAAUAUCAAGGUUAGAGAGACAACUUCAGGCGUCACCAUCGAGUUCCAUGUCUUCUUGUAAGAUUGAAAUCACUGGCGUGGAUGAAGGUGGAAUGCGAGUGCCAUUCUCACGGGGCAAGUCGCCGAGUGUGGGCGGAGGCCUUCCACUGCUGCUGCUGUCAGUGCUGCCCCCAGUCAUCCCUCGCGCCAGCUGGCCCUCGUCCGAGCACUGCGCCCAGCCCAUGCGGCGAGGAGUCACCUUCAGCUCGGAGCCCAAGCUCGACGAGAACUGCAUCAGCACCAAGCCUCACACUGACGAAGAGGACGAGUACUACCGCGAAAGAGGCUCCAUAUCGUUCAACGAACCCACAACCAAGCUGAAUGUGUUCAGUAAGUUGAGGAGUAUGCUGGUGUCCAAGCCCACCAGGAAGCAAUCAACAGGAAUAGCAGCCGCUUUGAAAAUGCACAUGGGCUAUUUUUCUGGUUUAGUUCCUGCUAACAAGAGUGGAUCAGAUAGUUUGGAAUCGUCUUGCAAUAAUAGCAAACUGGGCAUCAGCAGGGACCAGAGAUGGUGCAAUGAAAGCUUAUCGGGUAACGAGUCAGAUUCCCGGAGCUUCCGUAAGUUCUCAUUGGCAGCCCUAUGCAAAUCUCCCCAAGACGGACGGUCUGACAGUGAUCGAUCGGAUGAUGUCGAUGGAGAGGAUUCGGAAGAGGAGACGUUUACAAAAGACAAGGGAAAAUGUCAGGCUCGGUCAGUGCCAUCCCUAUCUCAACGGGUGUCGUUUUCCAUUCAGCAUCAACACUCUCAACCUGUUUUGAACUUGAGAGAGAGAGCACGUGGCUCUCCAAGGUUCCCGCAUCGGAUCGUUCCCACCAGUAGCUUGAGUGCGUUGAGCGACCGCAGAAAAAGUACACCUGCCAACGAAUCUACUACUGAAUUCUCACAGCGCAGACGCAGUCACUUCAUCACUCCCUCGAAACACGAUGUUGUCACCGUCAGCGUCAAAGUGUCGCCUUCUGCCGAGAAAUGUAGAUCUCUGGAAGACGCAAGCAGCAAUCUGAUGACAGUACCAUGUGAGAAUAAUCGUGCCAAAAGUUUGAAUCUUGACUAUUGUGACCCAGCUUGGCCCACUGUUCAGAUCGAAAACCAGUCAAACGCAUCUAACCACCAGCAAAUCAAUGAUGUAAAAGCGCAUUCACAUACAAAUAAUGACGAAAUUGUUGUCUGUGAAGACCUAGAUGAUGAUGUCUCUGAGGAAGAUGUUUGAAGCAAUUCAUUUGAAUCUCUAUCAGGAUAUCUUGAAAUUAAACCCACCUACAUAAUUGUGAAAAAUCGAUCUCUCACAAGCUGAGCUGAUGACUGGGCAUCAAAUUGUGUUCAAGAAACUCGGUAACCCUCUCAUUGCUAAUGCAUUCAUGUUUAGUCGUAGUAUCCAAUAAAAAUUACAGCAGAGAGCUCUGUUAUACAAUAGCCUAGUAUUCGAUUUCAACUGGGAUUAUCCAAGGUAUUAUGAAUUCUUCCCUCAAGAUGAUUAAUAUUGCAUCAUGUCAAUUCAAAAUGAGUACAACUUGGAUGAUAGCGAAAAAUUUAGAAAUCGAAUUAGUUUUUGUGACUUCAUCUUCUUAAUCAGUUUUAAUUUGAACGCAGUGCUAUCUCAUUCAAAGUGGGAAAUAAAUUAUCCUCCUCAAGAUAAGUACACGAAAAGUCCUGAUUUGAAAAAACUAAAAACUCACAACCAAUGAUAUCUCAUAUAAGAUUAAGAAUAAACUGUAUACUUCAACAGAAAUUCUCAUGUACUUCACCAGUUUCUCCAACUCCAGAUAUGUCUAUCCUUACAUCGGCAGUAACUAUCAUUCUUUGAAAAUAUUUUGAUUUAUUGAUUAUCCUUAUUUAUUUCUUAUCUGAUAAGAGAAAAAAUAUAAUAAUACAUGCAGUUUUUC